AUGACUGAUUAUUUUUUAAGAUCAGGAAAUUUUCAGACAUUAUAUCUUCACAAAAAUAAUAUCAAAGAAAUUUGGACGUAUUAUAUGAAAAUAAAAGUAUCUAAAUUAGUAUAUAAAAUAGGACAUAUUUUUGAGAUGAAGUUGUUGAUAUAUUUGAUCAAGAAUAAUGAUUUAAUCAAAGCUAGAAUAGUGACAGAAACUUUAAAAAAAAAAAACGAAACUUGUUAUUUUGAAUGGUUGGACAAUUAUUUAAAAAUAGUUAAUAAAUUGUUUAAUAAAGAUCUUUCAGGAGCAAUAGAAUUAUUUAAAAAAAUAAUUUCAAAUGGCAAUCAAGAAGUAAUACCUAAUAAAAUGCAUUCUAUUUUACUAACGGAACUUGUAAAAGCUAAUAAGAUCAACGAUGCUGAAAAUUUUUUAAAAUUAAUUUCAUCCGUGAGGAAAAUGCAAUGUAAACGAGUAUCAACACAUUACUAUAAUAUUUUAAUGGCAGGUCAUGUUAAAGAAAAGAAAUUAGAAAAUGCGCUUGAGAUCUUACAACAAAUGUCAAAAAACAAUGUCAAACCUAAUCGUUGCACAUACAACAUAUUGAUAAAUUUUUGUGCAAAACUUUCCAAGGUUGACCUCGCAGAAAAGUUGUUUAGUAAAAUGAAAUCAGUAGAUAUACCACCAAAUGUUUUAAGCUAUUCAGGUAUUAUCGAGGCACAUGGAAAUGUGAUGGAUUUAGAUUCAUGUAUAAAAUAUUUUAAACAGAUGGAAGAAGCAAAUGUACGACCAAACAUAUAUACUUACUGUAUACUGAUUACUGCAUAUGCAAGAACAGGUAAUUUUCAGGAGGCAGUGAAAUGGUUUAGACAUAUGGUGAUUUUAUCAAGAAUACAACCAAAUCUAAAGAAUAUUACAUCAUUAAUGGUUGCAUUGACAAAAGAUUUUAAGAAUGAUCCAGCACUGUUGGAUAAAAUUUUUGGAUUGAUUAGAAAUGAGGGACUGCAAUCAGAUGUUGUAGCAUACACGGCAUUAAUUAAUGCCAAAGCAAAAGUUUUGGAUUUAAAGGCGGCAAUAAUAGCAUAUCAACAAAUGCUUGAGGAAAGCAUAAAACCAAAUAUUUACACAUAUACAGUUCUUUUGGAUGCAAGUGCCAAAUUAGGAAAUUUCAGUUCAACAAUAAAAUUUUUUAAUGAUAUGAGAAAAGGAGAUAUUGAACCAAAUCAGUACACAUAUUGUGUUAUAAUGAAUGUUUAUGCAAAUAAUAAUCAGUUAGAUAAGGCAUUUGAAAUCUUUGACCAGAUGAGGACCAAAGGUAUUAGCCCAGAUACUACAUGUAUUAACUGUUUAAUGGAUGCAUGUAAUCGUUUGGGAUAUGUUGAUAAAGUUUUCUAUCUUUACUCAAUUAUGAAAUCAGAACUCAAUAUUGAACCAGAUAAUUCAACCUUUACUAUAUUCAUUGAUUCGUGUUCAUUCAACAACGAGGCUUACCACGGAAUUAAAUUUUUUCAGAAUCUAUUGAAGCAGAAUCAAACAUUAAAUGUAAAUAAUUUUGGUAGUUUCAUUAAUUUAUUGGGAAGACAUGGAUUUAGUAGGAAUAUUUUGAAUGCUUUAAGACUAAUGAAAAAAUUGAGUAUUAAACCAAGCAAAUAUAGAACUAUUUUACCAGCAUUAAAUUAUGUUUAUUCGAUUGACGGACGUACUCAAAUCUUGGGGUAG